AUGCCUGAACCUCUGGGUGCAUGUCGAUUCCUCCACCGGCGUAACAAACCCGGUUUCAUACGCCAGCAGACCAGCAUGAGCAAUCAUAAUCCCAUUAUCGAUGCAAAACCUCUCAUCCGUAGCAUAAACAUUCCCACCUCUAUCCCUAGCCAUCAACCCCAUCAUCUCCUGCAAGCGCUCGUUGCACCCAACCCCACCAACAAUAAGAACCUGCUCGCUACCAACGUGCGCCAUAGCCCUCUCCGUUAUCUCAACAAGCAUAGCGAAUACCGUCUCUUGCAAGGAGAAACAAAGAUCCUCGCGGGUGACUGGCUGACCCUCAGGCGUGAGUAGGGGCUUCGGCUUUCCGGAGAGAAGUUGCGCAGCCAUUAGAUCGACGACUGCUAGUACUCCGGAGAAAGAGCAGUCCAUACCCUUGACCGCGUAGGGGAGCUCGACAAGGUUCUUGCCUUUUUUGGCCAUUUGCUCGAUGUUGUAGCCCGGCGCUGGGUCGUUGGAGAUGUUGAGGGUUCGGGCGAAGCGGUCGAGACAGUUUCCGACGGCUAUGUCGAGGGCUUCACCGAAUAUUCGGUAUCUGUGGUUGAGUUCGGGUGUUAG